ACAUUUGUUUUCACCGAUUAUACAGAUAUUUACUACAACAAAAUCCACAAAUUGACUGGUAAUCAAUAUAAGGAUUAAAGAUAAAUUGAGGAUUUUUAAAUAUUCAAAAACAAUAUCCUAAAUCUUUAAGCGUGGCACAUCAUUUUAUUCUGGAUGCCUUAAAUGUACCCAAUCCCAAAAAGUAGGCAAAUAAUAAUUCAUACGACAUGCCCUUUUCACCCCUAUAACCGUAUUAUUUUCAAGUAGCCAACUGUUGUAGUUUUUAAUCAAUUGGAACUUCGAUAAAAACCAUGACGACAUCGGAGUUUAUUUAACUAACAAGGUAACUGAACAUCGGAUUGGACUAUAGCUGUGAUAGACCUGCGAUAAAUAUUUCCGACGAUGACGAUCGACUCCCCGCGUGACGAAACCUUUAUAAGGUGACCCGGUAUUCAAUCGUCAUUCUUUCUCAUCCUGCUCUCAUUACAAGCGGCCUGGUGAGGAAAAACCUUCAAACUCAAAUUUGACAGCGUUUACGUCGAAAUAAAAAACAGUGCAAUCAUGCGUGAAGUAAUCUCAGUUCAUGUUGGUCAAGCCGGUGUCCAGAUGGGCAAUGCCUGCUGGGAGUUGUACUGCUUGGAGCACGGUAUCCAGCCUGAUGGUCAGAUGCCAAGUGACAAGACCAUCGGAGGUGGUGACGAUUCCUUCAACACAUUUUUCAGUGAAACUGGGGCGGGUAAACACGUCCCACGUGCUGUGUUCGUCGAUCUUGAGACAAGUGUUGUCGAUGAGGUGCGAACUGGUACGUACCGUCAACUCUUUCAUCCCGAGCAGCUAAUCACCGGCAAGGAAGACGCCGCCAACAACUACGCCAGAGGUCACUACACCGUCGGCAAAGAACUCAUUGACGUGGUUCUCGACAGAAUACGUAAAUUGGCAGAUCAGUGCACCGGGCUUCAGGGAUUCCUGAUCUUCCACAGUUUUGGAGGUGGUACUGGAUCUGGUUUCUCUUCACUCCUCAUGGAACGUUUGUCUGUCGAUUAUGGCAAAAAAUCGAAACUAGAAUUUGCCGUUUACCCAGCACCUCAGAUUGCAACCGCAGUGGUAGAGCCAUACAACUCUAUCUUGACAACUCAUACUACUCUUGAGCACUCAGACUGUGCCUUUAUGGUAGACAAUGAAGCCAUCUACGACAUCUGCCGACGAAACCUUGACAUCGAAAGACCUACAUACACCAACUUAAACCGUCUAGUAGGACAGAUUGUAUCCUCCAUCACCGCAUCUCUUCGAUUCGAUGGUGCAUUGAAUGUGGACUUGACAGAGUUCCAGACCAACUUGGUACCCUACCCACGUAUCCACUUCCCUCUUGCCACGUAUGCCCCAGUCAUCUCAGCCGAGAAGGCUUACCAUGAGCAACUGACCGUUGCAGAAAUCACCAACGCCUGUUUUGAACCUGCCAACCAGCUUGUGAAAUGUGAUCCACGUCAUGGCAAAUACAUGGCUUGUUGUCUGUUGUACCGUGGUGACGUCGUUCCUAAAGAUGUCAACGCAGCCAUUGCUACCAUCAAAACCAAAAGAACCAUCCAGUUUGUCGACUGGUGUCCAACUGGUUUCAAAGUCGGCAUCAACUACCAACCUCCAACCGUGGUACCAGGAGGUGAUUUAGCCAAGGUACAACGUGCCGUGUGUAUGUUGAGCAACACCACAGCCAUCGCCGAGGCAUGGGCUCGUCUUGACCACAAGUUCGAUCUGAUGUACGCCAAGCGUGCUUUCGUACAUUGGUACGUAGGAGAGGGUAUGGAGGAAGGAGAGUUCUCCGAGGCUCGUGAAGAUUUGGCAGCCCUGGAGAAGGACUACGAAGAGGUUGGCGUUGAUUCUAUGGCUGGAGAAGAUGAAGAACAAGAAGGCGACGAAUAUUAAUAAAUACAAUAGGCCUAAUAUGAAUUACAUAAAACAUUCAACACAACAAGAUACAGACAGCAUUGUGUAUGCUGAUAAUUUUUUUGACUGCUGUCUUAAUGUAUACUGUACCUCAAUCUAAUAAAUAAAUAUUUAUGUAAUUGAA